GUUGAGCAUAAACAUAUGCAGUAACGUAGUGAUCGUCGGUAGUGACGCCUCAUGAGUCACGAGUUUCGAUUGAUUAUACUAGUGUUUGUUAUCGCUUGUGCAAUUUUUUAUAAUUGAUGAGAUCCCUUGAAUUGAAUGAAUGAUCAUGACAUCAAGUAGUGAGAUAAUUCCUGGAGGAAGAUCGAAAUUUUGGCCUCAAUGGCUUGCUGCAGCAACAAUCCAUAUACUUGCUCUCCUGUGUGGAAUGGUUGGUGGAUGGGCUUCGCCAUAUCUAGCAAAAUUGACAGCGGGAACUGAAUCAUUGACCAUAACUAGUGCAGAAGCAUCGUGGAUUGCCUCUUUACUUCAUUUGUCUCGACCAAUCGGAUCAAUUGUUGCAGCUGGGAUAGUACACAAAUUGGGGGCUAGAAACGGAAUGCUGAUCGCAGGAGUACCACACGUUGUCGGAUGGACAUGCUUUCUGAUAAAAGAAUCAGUUCCUUGGGUUUACGCCUCGAGGGUGUCCGGCGGCUUCGCAAUGGGGAUGUAUUUGAUCAGUUUUCCACAUUAUAUAGGUGAAAUAGGAAAUGAAAAGAUCAGAGGUGCUCUCAUCGCUCUAGUAGCUCAGGGACAAGCCAUUGGAUAUCUAUUAGGAAAUUUGAUGGGUGCAUAUCUAAGCAUGAAAAAUUUUGCCAUUAUAAAUUUGAUACUCAACGCCAUUUUCUUAGUUAGCUUUUUUUUCUUUCCGAAUACUGCUUAUUAUCUUGUAAAGAGAAGCAAAAUCGAAGAGGCCAAAAAAUCACUAAAAUGGUACAAUCGCCAGAAUGAUGUAACAACUGAGUUAGAAGCAGUGAAAGAAUACAUGGGAAAACCCCAGAAAUUGACGUUUAAAGAAUCAUUUAAACGUUUGUCAACCCCACUGAAUCGAAAAACAUUGGGAAUGGUCAUUUGUGUUUAUCUGUUUAUGCAACUCAGUGGCAUUUACACAAUCGCACCGUACCUAGAAAUAUUGUUGACGACUUUGAAAAUAAAUGUCAUUGCUCCUUCUCUAGUGGUGAUAUGCGUGAGUAUAGUUGCAGUUAUUGGCGGUCUUUUGGCGAUCUACACGAAUGAUCACUUCGGGAGACGAAGCAUGCUCGCAGUCUCAACUAUGGGAGUUUCAAUCACCUUUGUCCUCAUAGGUGUCAAUUAUUUAUUGCUCAGAAACGGUUAUGACAUUUCAAAUUUCCAAUGGUUUAUAAUCACGGAAUUCAUGAUGUUCAUAUUUUUCCUAAAUAUCGGACUUACGAAUAUUCCUAGUUGUCUCUUGAGUGAACUCUUCUCUCCAGAACUCAAAGAAAUUGGCUCAUGCAUAGCGAAUGUUGUAUGCUCUUUAUCUGCAUUUAUCGCAACUAAAAGAUUCCAACCCCUAUUAGAUUCUACAUCCGAAGAAUUCAUAUUCUUCUUGCAUGCUUUCCUUGUAUUUCUCAUGUUCGUCUACACAAUUAUCGUAAUUCCUGAAACAAAGGGAAAAACGCUUCAAGAGAUCCAGACAAUGUUGAUGAAGAAAAAGAAACCCAGGCCUAUUGUACAAACUCAUCGAUCCAUUGAAAACGAUUAAUAUAUAUUAUUACGCUAGUAAGUUUUCUUUAUCUUGAUUCAUAAUGAAUAAAAAUUUCAAAUUUGAGAAUGUGUUCCGAUUUUCAAUGGGUAUUUAAUAUAGCUUCUCACCAUACUGUCAACAAAUUUUAGCCGACAUUUCCGAUACACUUUUUAGAAAUUUCUAUCCAGUAACCGUUUCACUUGAAUUGCACGGAAAUUGGAAAACAGCAAGUUACUGGCCCCAAUUUCAAAUUAUUAUUUCGUGGAAAUGAAUAAAAAUUAGGAACAUUUUGGUAAAUAUAUUCUUAAGUGUAACAUUGAUGUUUUUGGUUGCAAAGUCAAGCGAUUUGAAGUAAAUUUCCAGUGAAAUUGGAAAUUUGAUCAUUUUUCUCCUCAUAAAUUGCAUUCAAUAUCGUUCUUUUGAUAAUUCCUACUACACUGUCUAUAAAAUUCUGAUUUUUUUCUACCAGUCCAUCUGCAAAAUUUUAUCCUUUUUUCAUGACAAUGUAAAAAGAAAAUGUAAAUCUGAGGAAAUAAUUCUUUCCAGUAACUUCAGUAAGACGCUAUACACAUAACUCGUCUUUUCUCACGCGCUCAGAACGAGUUUUAUAGUGAUAAUUCAAAUGUGCCAAUUGUCAACAAUUAAUAAUUCCUAUUUUCAAAGAUGUAUCCAAGAAUCAUCUGAGAAAUCAUAUUAGCAAAUCAUAUGCGUGUCAUCAACUGGUUUUUAUUUUAUUGGCGGAUUUUCUUUACAGUCCCUUAUGUCUACUGUUUGCCCUCCGUGCAAGGACUUUUCUAGAAUAUUUCAUCCGAUGCAACAUUGUUAGAUACGUUGAAUCAUAGAACCUGUACCACUAAGAUGCAUCAUAUUAGCUCGUUGAUUCGGUUGAUUGUCAAUAUCCGUGAAUUAUGUAGCCCUGAAGUAUGAAUGUGAAACAGAAAAGUUUUGCUGCAAUGAACGACACCAGGUAAAGCCGUCGCCUUGACUCAUUCGGUAACGCGCUUGCUUUCUCAGACAAGACAUUUGGAACGGAUAUGGUUCGAGUACAGUCGCGUGCGGUGAUUUGUUCGCAACUUUCAACACGAGGGGAUUCUGUGACUGGGAGCGAAACAGGGGCCGGAAGGGAGGAGGCAGAAGGAGAGAAGAAAAGCGGCGAAAGUAAGGAGGUAAAUAGAGGUGAGGAUUGAGAGAAGGAGAAAGAGAAGGUGGAGAAUGCCAGAAAAGAUAACUGAUAGAUAAAAACUGGGAGAGUGGAGAAAAAAUGUUCUUCUCCACGACGAAAGGAGUAGACGGGAAAAGGCAGUGGAGAAAGCAGAAAUGGAUAGGAUAGAGAAGGAAGGUGCGGCAGGAAAAAGAGGAAAAGGAACUGGGAGUCUAGGAGAAGAGAGGACUAUACCCUCCCCCUAGUAGGAGUUGCGGGCGAAAGGCAGUGGAGAAAGGGGAAAUGGGGAGGACAGAGAAGAAAGGAGACGGAGAAGUAGCAGGAAUAGAGAGGUGUAAGAGAAGGAGAGAGCGGAGAAGCGAGCGGAAAGGAGGAAAGAUAGGUUUAAGUAGAAUAGAGUUGAGGAUGUAAGGAGGAGGGUGUAUAUGAUAUUGUAGCGUAUUUGUUCGUUUCCUCUGUCUCAACUAAAUUCAUGUACGAUCGUCUCUUUUUUUUCGUCACUCUUGCAUCUUUGUUCUUAGUCUGCGGAUAUGUCACUUCUUUUUGCAUCUUUUAUUCAUUAUUCUUUUCGCCUAUUUUGUUUAAUAAACUAAUUUUUUAUUUAAA